AUGGAGAAGAACAGAAACUCCCAAAGCUUCUCUUCUUCAACCAGUGAAGAGGAUUACAAAAAUGGUAUUGAGAAGUUGCUUAAUAUACUUCCAAGAAAGAACUCAAGUGGCAUUCCCCUUUGUCAAUACAAUGGCAUUGGGUGUCCAUCUUCUGCUAUCCACGGCAUGAUCCCAUUUCACCAAUUCUUCCAAGCUAACCAAAAUGAUAUCAUCUUAGCCAGCCUUCCAAAAUCCGGUAUGACGUGGUUGAAGGCCUUGAUCUUCUCUAUCGUGAACCGAAAUCGCUACGCACUCAAAGAUAGCCCUUUGCUUACCACUCAUCCACAUGAUCUUGUGUUCAGCGUAAAAAACCCUUUGGAUAAUUUUGUGUCUUAUUGGCAUUUUUCUCGUGCAACUAAGAAUGUAAAUAUAAAACCAGGUCCUAUUGAUGAAUCAUUUGUGAACUACUGUGCAGGCUAUCAUGGAAGAAGAGAAGAAGGAUUGGUAGAAGAAAUUUCAAGGUUGUGUAGCUUCGAACAUUUGAACAGUUUGGAGGCAAACAAAAAUGAUGUAUUCAAUCGUGGAAUCCCUGUGACUGCCUAUUUUAGGAAAAGUGAGGUUGGAGAUUAUGCCAAUCAUCCUACACCUUCUAUGGUUGAACUUAUUAGCAAGGUUAUAGAAGAAAAGUUUGCCAACUCUGGCCUAGUAUUCAAAUCAAAUUAA